AUGACCGCAGUCAGUGCCAACGAAAAUGAGCUGGUGCACCUCAGCGUGGGCGACUUUGUCACCAUCCUCACCCAUCACAUGAAGGAUGGCAAGCUGCACUGGAUCUUGGGCUCCGUCGAGACGCCGCCGUACCUGCGCGAUGUCGAGAUCCGCCUGUGGGAGAAGCAGCGGUUCGAGUACUACGGCGAGGGCGACACCCCGACAGACCCGGAGACCGUGGCGCUGAUGGAUCGCAUUGCCCAGGUGAAGGAGGAACUCCAGAAGAGCAUUGACCAGGCCGAGGACCUCACGGAACAGCUGCGCGACCGCCGCGCUGCCAUUAUUCAGAAGAUCGCCGAUGCUGACAGGUACGUGGCGGAGUCGAAGGCUGUCCGCGACGCUGCGCGCGAGGACGUCGAGAGCAUCUCCGAUCGCAACUGGCAGGAGCUGAAGUCGUACCGUAUUCCACCCAAGAUGGUGUCGGUAAUAAUUCGCGCCGUGAUGUUGCUGCUCUCCGAGGACAAGGCCCGCACGUGGCCGCUUAUGCAGCGAGUGCUGCGUGACUUCUACUUCAAGCGCCGCAUUACAAGCUAUGACCCCGGUAAGCAGCUCUCCCCUGAGCGCCGUGACUACAUUCUGCAGGAGUGCGUGAGCAAGAAGAGCUUUCGCUAUGACCGCGCCAUGCAGGGUAGUGUAGCGGUGGGCCCCAUCUACUACUGGGUUCUGGCUCAGCUCGACAGCGGCGAGGCCCAGUCGCAGCGGGAAAACGUUGAGCAGGAGAAAAUUGCACGCCAGAAAGAGCUGCGCGGUGUGCUGAAGCAAAUUAGCGAGCAACAGGAGCGCAUAUCAGAAUAUCAGGAGCUCAUGGAUGACCUGGACGAUCAGCUGCGCCUAUGCAACCAGCGCAACAGCGACGGCAGCUCCGUCGCGUUGCUCUCGCAGAGCCCGAGUGCCUCACGCUCGCGCCGCCGCAUCUCGAUCAGCGACCGUUAUGGCGAGAGCUUCGCAGCUCGAGAGGGGAAGGAGUAUCUUCGUCCAGCCUUCUACGCAUGGAAGCCGACAGACCGCGUCAUCAUUGUGCUUCGCAAGAAUAUCGUCUGCAACUUCGGCGGCGUCACCUCGCAGGAGCAGGGGGAGGGCUACAACUUGAGCGAGCCGCAGAUCCGUAUGUUGGAUGAAGCCCUUAUGCGCUCCCAGCAGGCCCUGGAGACGAUUCAUGGCGACAGCGAGGGCGAGGACGAUGCACUCGAGGAGGACAUGCUCAAGCAGAACGACAACGAGACCGACCACACGGUGCGUAAAGACGAGGACAUUCUGGAAGAGCGCCAGCGCAACGCUGCCGAAUGCGAACCCACGCCGAUUCCGACGCCGCAGGCGAGCGACACGGCCAAGGUCGGCAUAGGCGCCGCCGAGGCGACGUCGAAGCUUCAGCGCACGUUUGAGGGAAGGAACUGGCACUGCAUUCUCGGCCGCAAGCGCGAGGCCAUGGCGGCUGCUUUCACAGAGGACUCCUCCGAGUGCCUGAAAGUGCCGCCGUACUCGAUCAUUAUCGAAAGCCUCAAGGUCGGGAGCCUUAUCGUCGACUUCUCGGCCCAGCACGACGGCCAGCGCUCUGACGCAGAGCUGCAGGAGCGCGUGAAGACGUUCGAGUUUCCGAAGGUCAUGUCACUCUACGAUGAGGAGGACGAGGAGGACGUGGAGGAGGACGUGGAGGAGGACGUGGAGGAGGACGUGGAGGAGGACGUGGAGGAGGACGUGGAGGAAGACGUGGAGGGGGACGUGGAGGGGGACGUGAAAGAGGACGUGGAGGAGGACGUGGAGGGGGACGUGGAGGGGGACGUGGAGGGGGACGUGGAGGGGGACGUGAAAGAGGACGUGGAGGAGGACGUGGAGGGGGACGUGGAGGAGGACGUGGAGGAGGACGAUGGUCCAGAGCAUCAGAUGAAGUUCGGCGGCGACCGCUGGGCCGACAUCACCCCGGAGCACCAUGGCGAGAUCGAGGCCGCUUUCCUGGCGGACACAAGCGCCGCAACCGGUGUGCUGCAGGACGAGAUUGUCGUUCACGACAUUCGCGCUGACGCGGAUGAAGGCCUGACGGUGGACUACUCGAUGCUGGACAAGGGCCAUGACCCCGAGGUAGUGCAGGAGCAAGUGGACGCUUACGUAUACCCUGCUGUGUGGGCCCUGUACCAGCGGCUUGCUGGGCUGGACGAGGCGGUGCCGAUCCACCAGGUGCGCUUCCGCGGCGAGCGGUGGGCUGACAUCAUGCCCGGGGCCGAGGAAGCGAUCAGACAGGCGUUUGCUGAGGACACCGCCGACGCGCUGGGCAUUGCGCCGCAGCAGGUAAUCCCCGACGAGAUCCGCUAUGAGAAGGGACUGACGGUUCCCUACACCGUGCUCGACUGCUCGCUGGAUGGCGACGAGGUCGAUGCCAUGGCGGAGGACUAUCAUUACCCCAACACGUGGGCGCUGUACGACCGCCUUGUGGCGGAGGCCGUCGGCGCGACCUACCAGAAGAGCUUUGAGGGCGAGCACUGGGAGACGGUGCUGCACGCGGCGCGGCCAGAGGUGUCAGAAGCAUUUUGCACAGACACGGCGAACGCCGUCAAGUCCGAGCCCUGCGACGUCGACCCCCGCUCGGUCGACACCGACCAGAACCGCCUGCUUGUCUCCUACAACGUUGGCGACACGCAGCAGCGUGCCGAGGUGCGUGCGGACACCCAGGAGUACCCCUACCCGGAAGUGUGGGCGUUGUACCAGCUCGUCAUCGCGGAGGAGGCCGAGGGCACGCGGAAGCUGUCCCAGACGUUCGACGGAGAGGCGUGGGAUGCGAUCAACGCGGAGAUGCCGGAGCAGGUGCGCGAGUCCUUCACGGAGGACGUGGCUGUCGCCACUCGUGUCGAUCCGGCAUGCGUGACGAUACGUGACAUCAAGACGAGCAAGAAGGGCAUGACCGUUGAGUAUGGUAUUGUUCGUGAAGAGGGCCAGUCCGCGUACGCGACGCGCAAGGCAGCGAAGAGCUUCGACUACCCAGUUACGUGGAGCCUGUACGAGGUGAACAAGAAGAGCGCGCCGGCGCACGCCCUCAGCGUGUUUGGCGAGGGCGAGUCUGUCAUCCUUGAGCGCCGCUUCGAGGGCGAUGAUUGGGACAUUGUUGUCGAGGGCUGUCCUGAGGAGCUGGGUGACGCCUUCCGCGCGGGUACGGCACGUGUGCUGGGUGUGCCGGAGCAGAGCGUGCGCAUCAUCAGCACAGAGAUCGUUAGUCCGACCGUCAAGUACCAGGUCAUAGACCCGCCGUGUGAGGACAGGGAGAUCGAGCGGCGCAUGGAGGAGGACGAGUUACCGGAGGUGAUGGAUCUGUACCGUCGCUGCACACACGCUGAGGCCGAGGACGCAACGCCGGUGCUGCAGGACCUUGAGGCGAUGCCGCCGAAGGUGUUCGACGGAGACGAGUGGGGCUUUGUAAUGGCGAACCAGCGCGCGGAGCUGGAGAAGGCGUUCGUGAAGGACACGGCCGACGCCCUCGGCGUGAGCGAUGAGCAGGUGAAGGUGAAGGAGAUGAAGGUGGGUCCGUACGCGCUGCAGGUGCAGUACAGCGUGCGCGACUGCCCGUCCGACGAAGCGGCGACGCAGGCGACCGUGGAGGACUACCCUUACCCGUCCAUGUGGGAGAUGUACCCGGACGAGGAGGAUCUGGACAACUACCAGAAGACGUUCGACGGCACAGGCUGGGAGGAAAUUGUUGCCUUCCGCGAGGAUGACGUGAGGGCGGCCUUCGCGAAGGACGUGGCUGACGCCCUGAAAGCGGAUGAGCAGAGUGUCGUGGUCAAGUCCGUCCGCGCCAACGCUGAGGGUCUUGAGGUGCGCUACAACGUGACGAGCGAGGCGUGCGAUAGCGAGCAGAUUAUGGAGACGCAGCAGGAGUACGGCUACCCGAACACGUGGGCGCUCUACGAGGAAGACGAAGGCAACUGGGUGACGACGUCGCACCAGGUCGGCUUCGACGGCGAGGACUGGGUGUACGUCGUGCAGGACAAGAUGCCGGAGCUGCAAGAGGCCUUUGUCGGCUGCACCGCGGACCUAUUCCAUGUGCGUCCGGAGCACAUUACGAAUACCAAGUACACGUCGGGCAGCCUCAUUGUGGACUUCGAGCUUACACAUCCGGCGAGGUUGAGUGAGGAGGAGAUUAAGAGGCAGCUCGCCACGUGCCCGUACGAGCCCGUCUGGGAACUCUACGGCUACCACCCCUGGGUCCCUACGGAGGUUACGGAGACGACGCACAAUAUCUGCUUCGAGGGGCCGGGCUGGGCGACCGUGCUGGAGUCACAGCGCGAGGAGCUAGAGGAGCGCUUCAAGCAGGGCACGGCGGCGGCGCUCGAGGUCGAGCCGUCUGACGUGCGCAUCGACUCGGCCGACUGCGCCGAGGAGUGCCUGUUCAUCCGCACGACCGUCACCCACCACAUCUUCCAGGAUAACGAGCUCCUGCAGGAGCAGCUUACCCGCUACCCAUACGAGGAGGUCUGGAAGCUCUACGCCGAGGACCCGAACCAGAGUUGGGUCGUCACCUCGCACCAGGUCGGCUUUGACGGCGAGGACUGGGUAUACAUUGUGUCUGCCAAGAAAGAGGCACUGGAAAAGGCCUUUCGCACGUGCACUGGCGAAUCCCUAGACCUGACAGACGAGUACAUUACAAACAUCGUCCUCGAGGCCAACGAGGCGGCGCUGCUGACCACCUUUGAGGUGAAGCACCCGAAGGAACAGUCGGCGGAGGAGGUGAACCAGCGACUCGCCGAGUGCGAGUAUAUACCGGUGUGGGAGCUGUACAUUGAUCACCCGUACAACCCGGAGGAGAACGAGGUGACAGCGCAUGAGAUCGGCUUCGAGGGCGAUGAGUGGAACAAGGUAAUUGAGACGCAGCCAAAGCAGCUCGAGGAGGCCAUCAUGCUCGACGCGUCCGAGGCCCUCGAAGUGACGCCGAACGACAUCACGGCGAUCACGACUAGCUUCGAGAACGGAAAUCUACUAGUCGUUCGCCUCAACAUCCAGCACCCGGUGCUGCAGGACGAGGAACUGAUCAAGGAGCAGCUGAGCCGCUACCCGUACGAGCGUGUGUGGGCACUUUACGAAGAUGCGCCUAUCACUCCCCUCAGCGAGGAAGACGCGGUCAGAUUUAGCGGUGCCGGCGAGGGCGAGUCUGCCAUCCUCGAGCGCCGCUUCGAGGGCGAUGAUUGGGACAUUGUUGUCGAGGGCUGUCCUGAGGAGCUGGGUGACGCCUUCCGCGCGGAGGCGGCGCGUGUGCUGGGUGUGCCGAAGCAGAGCGUGCGCAUCAUCAGCACAGAGAUAGGCAGCCUGAUCGUCAAGUACCAGGUCAUAGACCCGCCGUGUGAGGACAGGGAGAUCGAGCGGCGCAUGGAGGAGGACGAGUUACCGGAGGUGAUGGAUCUGUACCGUCGUCGCAUACGCGCUGAGGACGAGGGCGCGACCGCGACGACCCACAUAAAGCCCGAGGGGAAGGAGAAGAUAACGACCCUGGAGGACUGCGGGUUUGAGGGUGAGGACUGGGACUACGUGUGGUCGAUCAAGCAGGAGGCGAUGUGCAAGGCCUUCGCGAAGGGUGUCGCGGAUGCGCUGGGAAUCAAGCCGACGGACAUCCAGAACAUCAACAUGGAGAAGUCAGCAGACGGCAUCGUACUCGGCGCGAACGUGACGCACCCGCUAAUGCAGCAUCACCAGAUGAUCCAGCAGACGCUGAAGAACCACCCGUUCGCGGAGUUGUGGGCGCUGUACGAGACGCGGCCAUACAACCCGGCUGAGUCCGUUUCCACAGAGCACAUCAUCUACUUCGAGGGCGAGGAAUGGGACGCUGUGAUGGCAGGCAAACGCGAGGAAGUGAUGGAGGCGAUCCGCAAGGAAACAGCGAGUGCGCUAGACCUGCCAGCGGACGACGUAGUGAGCGUAAGCACGAAGGUGGAGCCGACUGGGCUGUCCGCUACGGUCGUGGUGCGCCACUCACCGCUGCAGGACGAUGAACUGAUCCACGAGGAGCUGACCAAGUACGAGUACGGGUGCGUGUGGGCGCUGUACUGCCCUGAGAGUGGGCCACUGCAUGGCACGAAGCACUUCGACGGCUUGAACUGGGCGAGUGUAAUCGGAAGCGACAAGGAUGGCUUGGUGCGGGCGUUCCGCGAGGAUACGGCCGCUGCCGUGAACAUGCGUCCGGGUGAUGUGGAUGUGGGCGACAUCCGCACGACGGGCACGGGCAUGGAUGUGGACUACAUGGUGAACCUCGCGAACACGAGCGGAGAGGACAUUGAGCAUACGCUGCAGACGUACCCGUACCCGAGCGUUUGGGGCCACUACCGCGUCGCAGAUGAGAUAACGACCCUGGAGGACUGCGGGUUUGAGGGUGAGGACUGGGACUACGUGUGGUCGAUCAAGCAGGAGGCGAUGUGCAAGGCCUUCGCGAAGGGUGUCGCGGAUGCGCUGGGAAUCAAGCCGACGGACAUCCAGAACAUCAACAUGGAGAAGUCAGCAGACGGCAUCGUGCUCGGCGCGAACGUGACGCACCCGCUAAUGCAGCAUCACCAGAUGAUCCAGCAGACGCUGAAGAACCACCCGUUCGCGGAGUUGUGGGCGCUGUACGAGACGCGGCCAUACAGCCAGAGCGACCUGAAAGGCGCCCUUGGCGGAACAGGCGACCGCGAGUCUGGCCAGCUGCAGCGUCUCUUCGACGGCGAUGACUGGGACCUCGUGCUGGAGGGCUGCCCAGAGGACGCUAAGGACGCCUUCCGAAAGGGUGUGGCGGACACCGUGCACGUGUCGAAGUCGGAGGUCGUUGUAGUGGACUGUUGCCUGGGCAGCCUUGUCAUGACUUACAAGGUGCGCAACUGCGACAUGGAGGAUGCCGAGAUCAACGAGAGGGUCUGUGCACACGACUUCCCGGAGCUGAUGGCGUUGUAUCUUGCGCGCGUGCGCCGUAGCGAAAAGGGCGAGGGCGGUGAUGCAGAGGGUCGCGCAGUGCAUAAAGAGGAAGUGAUUACUGUCGACAUAGCCGACGAGACUGAACUGCCGGCGGGGUACACGCGUGUUGCGCUGAGUGUCAGCUUCGAAGGGGAGCUCUGGGAGCCUAUCGUAAAGACGCGCACGCAGGAGCUGGCGGAUGCUUUCCGCGCUGACACUGCCAAGUCCAUCGGCGCUGCUCUGGGGGAUAUCCACAUCCGCGAGUGCGUUGUGAGCAAGUUGCUGCUGUUGGUGCACUUCAGUGCCCGCUAUGAGGCAACGGUGGCCGAGGCUGAGCUGCGCAAAAAGAUUGAUGAACAUUCCUACGACAAUGUCUGGGCCCUCUACGACGAGAUGGAGGCUGCUCUCGUAGCCGACAUAUCGGAGGUCAUGGUCAAACACUUCGUCGGCGUUCACUGGGACGUUGCGAUGGAGGCGUGCCCGACGCUUGUCGAGGAUGCCUUCAAGGAGGACACCGCGAAUGUGCUGCGCACUCAUGCCUCGAAGGUGCUCGUUGAGGACAUCGCUCUGGGCAGCCUCAUCGUGCGCUUCCGCGUGCGAGGGCUGACGAUCUCGGAGGCGAAGGCGACGCAGAUGACGAACAACUACGCCUACCCGAAGGUGUGGGCUCUGUACAUGUCCUGCGAGGAGGCGAACGGCCGUGCUUUAUUGAAGAGCCGCAAAAAUGGAAGCGGAGGUAGCUUGUCGCGCCGACGGACUCAGCAGCUUGUAGCAGAGGAGGGUGUGGAGUUUCAGGACACCGUGACAUAUCUGCGCAAGGCCCUCGCCGAUGCUCGCCGCGAGCGUGACAUGUACAUGGAGCAGGUGGAGCAGGCCGAGGAGGCGCAGCGCGCUAGUAAGAGUAGAUAA